AAUCCUUAAUCAUAUUCCUUCUUUAACUUUUGAAUGUGAUUUGGACGGUGAUGCCAAUAACCCUACUGAACUUAGAAACUCCGUGAAACUUGAAGACAUUUUAAAUCGAAUUAAAAGUGAAUAUUUUAUUUCCUUGAAUUUGGAUGAUAUUGAAUUUCAUGAAACUAAUUCAAGUGAAAUCAAUCGGACUGGAGAUUAUAAAUGUUUAUUCCAUUUUCGUGAAAUUCAACAUACAAUUUCCGUAAAAAUUAUUGUGAAACCAUCAAUCGGAUUUCAAGGAACAAAAAAUUUAUCUUCAGAUGAAUAGACUUGAUAUAUGUAUGUACUUUGGGAUCAAUUAAAUGAUACAGCCAAUCUGAAUUUGUAUUACAUAAUUUUCAUGUGUUCACGUGUAUGAUUUUAAAUUCGCGUGCGAUUUUCAAAGGUAUAAUUCAGCUAUUUCGCUUCAUCCUCCAAAAUAAUUUUCACAUGUCUAAACAAAUUCCAUUCAAGAAUUAUGGAAAGGCUCGAAUUGAUACUUCAGAUCCAAACUUCAUACAAGCUGAGUUAAGUCCGUCAGAAAUUGAUCAGAAAGCCGCUGUUGCUCGUUAUAAUUCCCCAGGACCUUCAGAUAUCAGGGCAGCAGCUUGUCGGGGAUGUUACCAACUUGAAAGACUGCUUGAAAUUGCUAAAGACAUUCAAGAACUCGCGUUGACUUCCACAACAAGACCUAUAAACGUUGCGGAAAUUCGUGCAAAAAUUCCUCCAAAAAAAUUUCAAGAAGCGGAAAGUCGAGUUACAAACUUAAAAGGUUUUAUAAAACGUUUACAUGAUGCUAAAGUAGAAUUUACACUUCCUUAUCAACUUGACAAUUUCAACAUAAACGCUUUUAUUGAUGAAGUAAUUCGAUCUGUUGAGAAGGAUUGAAUGUGAGUUGAAUGGAGAUACAUCUAAUGGGCGAAAUGUUAAUAGAAUAUUUUCAGCAAAGAAAUAUAAAUUGCUUUUUAUUAUAAAAAUUGAUAUUUACCCGAUAAAAGAUCAAAUCAAAUAU